GCAGGGCAGCGGGCGGGGGCGGGCGCUGCGGCGGCGGGCCGGGGUCAGCGCCAUGGCCAAGUGGGGACAGGGAGACCCGCGCUGGAUCGUGGAGGAGCGCGCGGACGCCACCAACGUCAACAACUGGCACUGGACGGAGCGGGACGCGACCAGCUGGUCGAAGAGCAAGCUGAAGGAGGUGCUGGUAGGGCUGGUGGUGGAGGGCGAGGCCGGGCGCUGCGAGAUCAGCGACCUGAAGCACGUGGAAGGUGAAGCGUCCUGCAAUAGUCGCAGAGGGAAACUCAUCUUCUUCUACGAGUGGAAUCUGCGUCUCAGCUGGAAAGGUACAGUGAAAGAGUCUGGUGAGAAACAUAAGGGAUCUGUUGAAAUUCCUAACCUGUCAGAAGAAAAUGAGGUAGAUGAUACAGAGAUAAAUGUCAGCAAAAAGAAAGGGGAAGGUGAUGUUCUGAAGGAGCUUAUGAGAACCGAAGGAACCACAAAAGUCAAAGAGGCCUUGAGAGAUUAUCUGAAAGCACUUAAAACAGAGUUUACCUUGGGGAUGAUUCUGCCAACAAAAGCUACUGUUGUUGGUCAGGAGCUGGCCACUGAGCAAAAGCUAAGUGGGAACACCGUGCAAGAUUCUGUUUCGCCACAAUCUCUGGAUCCAGUUGGUGUAAAAAUUCCAACAGUGAAGAUACUGAUGAGAGAAAUAUUCAACUCCCCAGCAGAGGAACUCUAUCGUAUCUUCACAACUAAGGAAUCAGUACAGAAGUUUUCUAAGUGUCCUGCUGUGAUUGAACCUGAGAAAGGAGGCAAGCUUCAAAUGUUUGAUGGCUGUGUCAACGGUGAAUAUGCAGAAUUGCUCCCAGGUCAAAGAAUUGUCCUGAAGUGGAGGUGUAGAAGCUGGCCUGAUGAGCAUUAUGCAACGGUUGCCUUGAAUUUCAAGGGGAUGGCUCUGCAGACGGAACUGCAGUUGGAGUGCAAAGGCGUGCCUGUCUCUCAUGAAGACAGUACCAGACAAUGCUGGAAGCAGCAGUAUUUUGAAGAAAUCCAUAUCUUACUGCAGCAGUCCCAAGCCAGCAUGGAAUGAUACCAGCACUGUAGUUUUGUUAGGGCAUUACUUUUUAUACUUUGUUAACAUUUGGUUUUAUAAAAAAAGGUAAUUUAUUUGUGGGAAGAAUAAAAAGCCACUUCUAUGAUACUGUAUAUAAUUUAAGCAUUAUUUAUGGAUUUUUAGUGAAUGAGGUGGCAGAUGAGUCACACUAUGCGUAUCAAGGGCUUGCAUCGUCAGCCAGCUUCGCUGUAAUGGAGGUUCAGCUGCAGUAAGGUACCACCAGAGGAGGCCAGCACGUGGCAACCUUAGCACACACAAAUGUUUAUCACCCAGAAGGCAGAGAUGUGCUUUUCUACAAGCAAGGCUUUCCCCAAGAAGUUUGAAGUCAGUUACCCCCUUUGAAGUUGUGAGGUUUACUGUACCAAGAACAGGCACCUCACAGUGAUGGGAUGGACACAGACUGCUUACCGAGGGUGGCAUGGCUUGUGUUCUUAGUGUCUAGGUAAGAGGGUGGAGAACAGCUUCUUGAGAAACAUCACUUUUUAGCAUCUUUCUUUAAUCAGUUACCUUUCUGAUAAAUGUUCAAGGAGAAAGUGUGUAACAUGUUGAGCACAGAAAGGAUUUAGUCUGUUGGCUGACAAAGGGACAAUUUUUAGAAAUAGAAAAUCUAUGUUUAGGAGGGAGAUCAGGCUAAGCAGAGACCUUUGUGACUAUGAGUAUCUGGGGGGCAGGCCGCUAGACCUAAUCUCAGGUUUGUUCAGCGUAUCCUACAGCCCUAGUAUUGCUUUAGGAGGGAAGCAGGCCACCCCAGUUUUCCUUCCAACCCCUUUCUAUCUGAAGGCCACAAGUGCCCACUACUUGAAUGCUUUGCUAGUAUAUUUUCUUGUCUGCUUCCUCUAGUAGUACUCAACCAGACUGAUUGCUAAGAAAAGUGUUAAAAAAGAAGUCACUUACUUGUGUUCCCAAUGUUGUACCAUGACUCCAAGUGUGGGACAGUCAUGACCUCCACAAAAUCCUGCAGCUGCUUUCUGGUAGGCCCAAGCUGCCACAAGGAGGAACAGCCCCAGGCAGUCCUCACUUCCUCCUCCAGGGAAGGAUAGCGAACUGAAGAUGACACAUCUUUAAGUAUUCUUGCUCCAUCAGGUCUGGACAGCUUUGAUAAUAUGUACAAGCUUUCCAAAUUUAAAAGACAUGAAGUUCCUACCUUGUCACCCUGCUUGUAAGCAGCCUGGUCUAUGUGAUGGGCAGACAGCUUUAUGCCCCUAGACAGCCCCUGGUGACUGUCCUUGCAGGCAAAGGAAGGGCAUCUUGCCUCAUCAGCAUUCCUGCACUCUUCCCAUCCUCUUUGUAUGUGCUGGAACUCGGCUGACUUAGUAUUGUGCUGCCAACCAGGAUGUUCCAUUUCUGCACGCAGUAUUCUCGAAUUGAGAAAAGUCAGAAGAGAAGUUCAUUUAGCAAUAUCACAUUUUAGCAGGAGGCCUUCAGGGUGAUUUCUCAUGCUGUCAGCCAGCCAUAGCAUAAAAGGGGCAAUCACCAUCUUGGAGAGGCAAAGCAGGUUAUUCCCAAGUGCAAAAGUUCCCCAUAGAUGCUGCAAGAAUUGAAUUAAAACAACACUGGUUAACCUCAGUCCUCGAGCUGGAUUAGCAGCAUUAGAAAUCAUGUCACUUACCAACAGUGCGAUGAUAAUAUAACAACGUGUAAUGAAGUUGCAGUAGCAUACAUAUAGUUGUUUCCCUGUGAAGGGCUCCCUAUCCUGAAGUUUCCCUAAUACAACAACAGAGAAAACAGGAGUGGAGGCACGUGGAAGGAGUUUAAGGGGAAUAUGCUGAAAUUGAUUGGAAUUCAUGUGUUUUAAGGAGACUAACAAGCACAGCUGACAUUCCAGGGAUAGUGAGUAGUAUGAGAGAAGUGACAAAGCAGAAACAGGAAAAGACAGUCUGUGAUGUGGUGCUUUUUAAAAGUAACAACCACGUAGUCGCUGAGAAAGCCAAAAGGAAUGACAAUUACAUGUAAAAGAUGUGUAAGACUAUACCUAAAAAUCAGUACAGAAGAUGACUUGACAGUGCGAAUCCAGGAGGUAAAGGCUGGCUGGGGGGCAAUGACUGUGCACAGUGAGGACAAUGGGAAGAGAAAAUAUUUUCAAGAGGUUAGAUGGGAGGUGAGACUUCCAGAAAGAAACACAUACAUAAUGGAGAGAUGAGCUAUGGAAGAGAAUUAAGAGCUUGAGAGACUGAGGAAGGCCAGUUCAAGGUGGGUUUUGAAAGGUGGGGAUAGGAAAGUAUUCUUGAGAGCAAAGAAAUAUAACCAGAAAACUGACUUAAAGGCAGUGAAUACUACAGAAGAAAACAUGACUUACAGGACAUGCAAAAGGAUGGACAGAGAGAAAGAGAAAAGUCACAGAUGAGGAAGAGCAGACGAGUUUGUGCAGGUACUGCUUCUGUUUUGCAAAGUGAAUUCUGGGAAGAAAACAGUAAAAACAGCAGGAGGGGAAAAAGGGAAAGCAAUGUAAGGGAAUAGCAGUAAGAAUCAUUAUACUUCUGCUAAUCUUGACAGCAUUUUAAAGCAAGCAGUAGAGCAGCCAGUAUUAGAUUCAGUCAGUGUAGAACUACAGGGUAAUCAUUGAAUUAAAGGUAAGCAAUGCUUGUUUUAUUAAUACCCUAUCAGACUGGAAACAGUUUUUGGAAGAGGUGCAAAGGUGAGAGCUGCCUAACAUGGUUUGUAUGUAUGACAUGUGCCUUACUGCACAAAGGGGCUUUGCUCAGAGAAAACACUCUCAAUAGAACUUGGAGGAGCCAGUCAGUAGUGACCAACUGAACACAGGAGGGCUGAUGUUAUCUGGCCACAUAGGAGAAGAGGAAUUGUCUACAACUUCCUCGUGUGUCAUUUAUGAAGUAGUGAUGAGAGAGGGGUUAUACUUGGGGUACACCUCAAAAAGGGGCUUCAAAAGAAUGAGUAGAAACAUGACAAAAGACACAGUCCCACCCUUCAGGUACGGAAUGACGGUGUGAUCUCAUCCUGCAUGGGAAGCUAAAGCUAAGAAAAUUGCAACGGCUGAAGUUAGACAAUGUACCAGAAAACAGAUGUACAUUUGUAAGAAUAGCAAUUAAUUAACUGAGUUCUACUCACCAAAGGGCUUAAGGGCUGCUGCUUCAUCUCUUGAAGAUUUUUAGAUCCACAGGAGACUAUCAUCCUAAAGACAUCCUAACCCAGCAGCAAAUGAGUAGACUUAGUUGAAGACUUAAUAGAUGAAUUCUCAUCUUCAUUACAUAGAAGUUUGGAAGCUAUUGAAUUCAUUGAAGUUAAAAUCUCUGGAGAAUUUGAUCAGAAAAAGUAACAAUUAUUCCUAAAGAGAGUGAAAACAAUUAUUUUAUGCUUGAAUAAUAAGGAAUCCAAUUUAAGCACUCACCAGCAUCAAUAUAGUGUCUGUAAAAGCAGGAAUAACAGUGCUAAUAAAGGGGACUAUAAAGGGUAAACACAAAUUCUUAAUUACAGAAUGUUAAAAAAGCAUCACAUAAUAGAUGCAUGGGGAAGCAAAAUGAUGCUUACCUACAUUAAACAGUAGAGUGAAGGAAUUUAGGGGGGAAAAAAAGCCAAGAUAGAUGUGUUAUGGAGACAACAGAAGACAAAUGAGCUAAGCAAGUGGAAAGUGAAGCUGAAAAUGGAGUUUAAUCAAGUACUAAAACCAGUAUAAUUGACAAGUCCAGAUGAUCACAUAGGAAAUGCAUAUUGCCCAGAAACAGCAAGGAGAAAAUGUGACAGGGAAAGGUGAUAAAGGCAUUCCAGCAUUGCAGGGGGUGAAGCAACAUGGACAGGCCCCAGGGGUGGCAUGGGCAGAGGGACUAAAGUAAGUCAGUCUGCAAAUGGUGCAGGAGGAAAAUACAACACAGGUUCAAAUUAGAGAAGUGAAAAGUUCCACUGGUGUCUGACACUGCUCCACAGUCUAACAUAGUGGGGGAAAAAAGUAACAUCACUCCCUCAAACUGUGUGACUGAAUAUUCAUACAAGGUGAACCAAAAAAGGACCAAGAUUUACAUCAGUACUGUACAUCAGAUCAUCAUUUCUUGCUGCAGCUGUUUCAUUUUCACAGUUGUCUUUGAUGAGAAAUCCAAAGACUGAAGCAACAUAUUAUAAACAAAUGAAAAGUCAUCACAAUCAGUUUAAUGAAGUGCACAGAAUAGCAAUCGAUCAUGUCAAUAAAAAUAAAACAAUUAAUUUUA